GAGUUCACCACUGAUACUUAAUAGUCUUUUUGUAUUAUUGUCUCUGCAAGUGGAUUGAUUUUUUUUGUAAUUUUUUCUUGAUUCCGCAUAAGAUCUCCGACGUUAAGGCAUAAAAUGGCAGACACAAAAGUAGAUACCAGUUCGGAGACCCCUACCAAGGAUCUUAAAGAGAAGAAACUCGUGGAUGAGACAGAAAAUGGGAAGGAUGUACCAGCCAAUGGGAACGCUGACAAUGAGGAGAAUGGGGAACCAGAAAAUGAAGUAGAUGAAGAAGAUGAUGAUGUCGGAGAAGAGGAUGAUGAGGAAGAUGAUGGUGAUGGUGAGGAUGAUGAGGACGAUGAUGAUGUUGAUGGAGGCACAGGAAAACGAGCGGCUGAAGACGACGAUGAAGAUGAGGAUGAUGUUGGAACCAAGAAGCAAAAAACUGACGACGAUUAGGUUUUUACCGCUGAUUUCCCACAAUCCCCCCACCUCAGCUGUCUGCUGAGUAACAGCCAACAUGGUCAUCAAAGUAGAGGUCAACAUCUGUCUACAUGCACCCAACUGCAAAUUUUUUAGAACCAACUAAGACUUCGAGGCUCUGCCUUCUUAAUGAAAUUCUUUAAAAGGAGAAUUUGUUUGUAUUUUUAUUUACAUUUUAUAUUUUUGUACAUAUUGUUAGGAGGUCAGCCAUUUUGACGGUAAUCUCUGGUGACCAAAUGGUGCUUCUUUCCGAAAUAGACUUUACUUGUGGUUUGACCAUGUCAUUAUCUCAACAGCAAACUUGUAAAAAAGACAGUGAUUAAAUUCAGAGCAUUCCAGUAACUUUGUGUAUGUACUUUAGUUGUACCAUAAGUAGUUGCUUUGUAUGAGAUGACAAGGCCAAAGAAAAGGAUUUUCUUUGUCUAUGAAAUUGCUGUUUAUGGCCUGUCUGUAUGUGUGUUGUAUGCCAAUAAACCGGAAUUUUAUUUUGUGAGUUCUUA